ACGUGUGCCUAUUCAGGCGAAGCGUCGUCUGAACUAUGCAAUGAUCUGAGCUGUGUUAUAGCUUACAAACAGAAAUUUGUGAGGAUGUGGAACCGGAAUGAUGAAUACGAUUGGUACCACGGACAGAGGAAUUACAUCCCACUAAGUUCUACCCGGGGUAACUGGAUGAAUAUAUUGAUCGGGGAGAGAAAUGUCGAUGGUGAUUCAAGUAUUGCAUCAUCCUCCAAGCCUAGGAGAACAACAAUACGAGGAAAUUCUAGAAGCAGAAAAACCUGUGUCACGACAACUUUGGUUGGGAUUGCUUUUGUCCUACUUCUGUUGGGAGCUUCAUGUGUUCCUCUUAUUCUUUAUUUUGUCGAAAAAGAUCAAUACAAAUAUUAUAAAGCCGAUGGCUCCAUUACUUUUGAGGGAACUUAUGAUGACAGUCUAGGAAAUUUAUCAACACAAACAUCUAUUGAUUUUCAGCAAGACUUCUGUCAAGUGAUGGAGCAAACGCAGGCUAACAAAUUCAAAGAAAGUUACAGCGGUUGUUUAGUCACCAAGAUUAAGAAUGGUAGUAUUAUCGUGGAGUUUACAAUGUAUUACUAUGCUAAAGUGACAGUGGAACCGGAUGAAGUUAAAGAAGAAAUAAUCGUUAAUUUGAAAACAAAUCUUACAGAGACAUUUUCCUCCAAAUUCAGCAUCACAGUUGAUGUAAAUUCUUUGACUGUAUCGUUGUUACAAACGGGAGAAAAUGAUUUUCAGUCUGGUAAAUCAGAUUCUCGAUUUCAAACUUCUUUGUUGUCAUCAACAACUAAGGGUACAACUUCGACAAUAUUACCCACGAUAAGCAGCAAUACAGAAAACUCGACUUCAACCGUCACAACGAUUCUUACAGAGACAACAAGAGUUUUUCCUAAAUCUACCACCACUGCUACACCAACGACAACAACCAUAGCUCCACUUGAAACCACAACUAUUUAUGCACCAACCACAACAACUGCAGCUAAAACCACCACCUCUAAUUCACGAGCUUCAACAACCGCAGCUUCUUCGAAAACCACCACUACUGAUAAACCAACUACAGUUCCUCCAAAAACCACCAUCAUUGAUACAUCUUCUUCUACAACCACAGCUGAGACCACCACCACUGAUACAGUACCUACAACAACCACAGUUCCUUCCCAAACCACCAUUACUGAUACGCCAGCUUUAACAACCACAGUUCCUUCUGAAACCACCACAACUGAUAAACUUACUACAACAACCACAGCUCUUCCUGAAAGCACUACCACUGAUAAACCUACUACAACAACCACAGCUCCUCCUGAAACCACCACAACUGAUAAACCUACUAUAACAAUCACAGCUCAUCCUGAAACCACUACCACUGAUACACCUACUACAACAACCACAGUUCCUUCCCAAACCACCAUUACUGAUACGCAAGCUUCAACAACCACAGCUCUUCCUGAAACCACUACCAUUGAUAAAUCUACUACAACAACCACAGCUCCUCUUGAAACCACCACAACUGAGACGCAAACUACAACAACCACAUCUGAAACAACCACCACUUCUCCUCCAAUUUCAAGGGAAGCUAUUUCUGAUAUCACCAUUUCUCAUUCUUCAAUAACUACAACUUUUAUAACUGUAUCUCAUUUAGAAAACGAUACAACUACAGCAGGAAUAACAGCAGCAACAACAAUGCCUGUCGAACCUUUUGCAGUUGUUGACAUGAUGAAUUCAGUUGGUGAAAUCGGCAAGCAGGCGUAUAUUCCAUGCACAAUCAACAUUACGAGUGGAGACUGGGCAAGGAUCUACAUUUACCAAACCCACAACGACAAUAUUGAUCCUAAAAUUGCCACUAUCACCAAAAACGGAACAAUAACAAUUUUUACCAGUGAUCCUGUUCUGGUGCCAACAUUCAAUAUCAGUGGUUCUCAGAUCGAGGCUGUUGUAACGUUUAACUUCAGCAAUUAUGACUUUUUAAAUUGUUCAGUGAGAAUUUAUAAGUUUAUCUGCAGUUUAGAGAUGACUACUGGUUCUACAUUCAACGCUUCAGCGGAGUUCAAUCUUAUAGCACCCCUUUUCCAACCUACUGUCAUCUUACACGGGACACGAUAUAUGGUCAACCAAACAGCAAAUGUUUCACUUGCAGCUAUUAAUGCAACCUGUAACACCAGCAGAGACAGAUAUAGUGAUACCGCUUCUUUAAUCGGUAUGCGAAUACAAAACGCAUCCGGAGCUGAUAUCACAAGUUUUGUUGAUGUAACACCCUAUAAUAUAUCGACUGACACCUGUGGAGAACUCGUGUUCAUUCAAUGGAGCGAUGUGUUUUUGUACCGGUCGGACUUAAAUGGUUCGAAUUUAACGUGUUUUGUUGAGACAGCAUCUAAAUCGGUAAUGAGUGAGAGUAUCACAUUGACAUUUUUAGAACAACAAAAUCCAACGCUUAUUUCGACAGCAAAUCCUGCAGUUACCAAUUCUAUAAAUGCUGACACAACCUUGACAACACCUGUUGACAUUUCCUCUGAAUCGUCCCCUGGCACCACUACAAAAAACCCUCCCAUCAUUGCAUCUACAGAAAUGUCGACAACAACAACAACAACAACACAGGUGCUUUCACCACCUUAUGCAGUUGUUGUAAUGAAGAAUUCAAUUGGUGAAAUCGGCAAGCAGGCGUAUAUCCCGUGCACAAUCAAUAUAACGAGCGGUGAUUGGGCCAUAAUCUACAUAUAUCAAUCACAUAACGACAACAUCGAUCCUAAAAUUGCCACAAUCAGUAACAAUGGAACAAAAUUAGAUUUUACCAGUGACCCUCUUCUGAUGACAACAUUUAACAUCAGUGGUUCUCAGAUCGAGGCUGUUGUAACGUUUAACUUCAGCAAUUAUGACUUUUCAAAUUGUUCAGUGAGACUUUAUAGGUUUACCUGUAGUGUAGAGAUGACUACGGGUUCUACAUUCAACGCUUCAGCGGAGUUGAAUCUGAUAGCACCCCUUAUUCAGCCCACCGUCACCUUACACAGAACACAGUAUAUGUUCAACAAAACAGCCAACGUUUCACUUGCAGGAAUUAACGCAACGUGUAACGCCACACAGGACAGGUCCAGUGACUACUCUUUUACUAUAGCUAUGCGGAUUCAAAACGUUUCAGGGGAUGAUAUUGAUAGUUUAGCUGAAGUCAAUUCGUAUAAUGUUUCCACGAACACAUGUGGGGAACUUGUGUUUAUUAAUUGGAGCGACGUCUUUAUAUACAGAGCAGACUUGAAUGGUUCUAGUCUUACAUGUUAUAUUAAAUCAAACGAUCGAACGGUUACGAGUGAGAACAUAACUUUGACUUUUGUAGAACAACAGAUGCCACCAUAGAAAAAAAUUGUUUAUAAUAUAUUGUUUGUAUAGAGUUAGAAUAUUUAAAAGACAAACAUGUGAUUUCGCUGAAAUCCUAUGAGUUACACAUAUGUACUUAUGUGUUAUAUACAAUGUACGUGUAACGUGUAUGUGAAGUCACGGUAUACAACGCAAUUUGUCAUUUCAUUUGAUUGUCAAAAUUAUACACUAUAUCUUCAACCGUGUAAUGAUGAUGGUUGAAAAUUGCACCGAGCAAAUGUAUCUGUAUUGAAGACCUUCUAAACGUCCGUUUCACUAAUAUUAUUGUAGUACAAAUUAAGUAAACAAUUCAUUUAUUUGUUUUAUGAAAAUAUCAGGCGACUGAUUUUAAUCACCUACAAAUUGUAUCAUUUUGGUUUCAUAUCAGAUGGCAACUUUAGUAACUACAGAACUCACGUCGUAUCAACAAAAGCAUUUUCAAACAAAACUUUUUACUUAUUAUUGUUAUAAGAUUACUUUUACAAUGUAAAAAUUCUUAAAAUUCAUUAUAUAUCUCAGUAAAUAUGUGAUAUAGAUUUAAUUUGGUAUUGUUUAACCCUUAAGAUAAU